GGGUGCAGGUACAGGUGGGGCCUCCCGCCGCAGACAGCCCGCCUCACCUGAGUCAGGCGGCCUGGCCCCGGCAGGAAGGGCUGGUAUAAGAGGCAGGGCAGAGGCUGGUGUGCAGCCAGCGGACGCCCAGGGACCAGGAUGCCCCUGGCAGUGAGGUGGUCGGCCCGGAGCGUGGGGUGGCUGUGGAUCUUCGGGGCGGCCCUGGGGCAGUGUCUGGGGUACGGUGCUCAGCAGCAAAGGGUGGCGUUUCUUCAGCCUCCUGGUCAAAGCAGCCAGCAAGCAGGCUUUGUGGAGUUCAAACCCAGCCAGGGCUGCAGCCCCGGAUACUAUCGGGACAACAAAGACUUGUAUACCGGGCGGUGUGUGCCCUGCAAUUGCAACGGACACUCACAUCGAUGCCAGGACGGCUCUGGAACAUGCAUCAACUGCCAGCACCACACAGCCGGGGAGCACUGCGAGCGCUGCCAGGACGGUUACUACGGCAACGCCAUCCAGGGCUCCUGCAGCGCCUGCCCAUGCCCGCACACCAACAGCUUCGCCACGAGCUGCGUUGUGACGGGGAGCAGCGUGCAGUGUUCCUGCAAACCUGGCUACACGGGAGCGCAGUGCGAAAGGUGUGCGCCAGGAUACUUCGGGAAUCCCCAGAAGUUGGGAGGUAGCUGCCAGCCUUGCAGCUGUGAUAACGGCCAUCUGGGCAGCUGUGACCCCCUGACCGGAGACUGCCUCAGCCAAGAGCCCAGUGACGGCGGCCCUGGCGAGGACUGUGACGACUGCGACAGCUGCGUCGUGACCCUCCUGAACGACCUCGCCGCCCUGGAGGACGAGCUCCGCCUCGUCAAGUCGCAGCUGCAGGGGCUGAGCGCCAGUGCGGGCACGCGGCAGCAGAUGGGGCUCCUGGAGACCCAGACCGAGGACCUGCGGAACCAGCUGCUCAACUACCGCUCCGCCGUUUCACACCAAGGCUCAAAGGUGGAUGGCUUGGAACAGGAACUCAGUCAUCUGAAUCGUGAAUUUGACACUUUGCAAGAAAAGGUUCAAAUAAACUCCAGAAAAGCACAAACGUUAUAUAACAACCUUGAUCGGACAGCCCAAAGCGCCAAAGAGCUGGACACAAAGAUUAAAAAUGUCGUCCGCAAUGUGCACGUCCUGCUGAGGCAGGUCUCGGGGGCAGACCCAGGAGGACACACCCUGCCCCCCGGCGAGAUCCCCAGGAAGCUGGCCGACGCCCAGCGCAUGCUGAAGGAGCUGAGGGGCCGCGACUUUGCAAGGAACCUGAGAGACGCAGAGGCUGAGAAAAGAGAGGCGCAGCUGCUGCUGCACCGGGUCAGGAGCUGGCUGGACACCCGCCCGGGGGAGCACAGUGGGCUUGCUCAGAGCAUCCGGGACUCCUUAAAUGACUACGAGGCCAGACUCUCGGGCCUCCGGGCUGCACUGCAGGAGGCAGCCGCCCAGGCCAGGAAGGCCACUGGCCUCAACCAGGACAGUGAGCGGGCUUUGGAGUCCAUCCAGAGACAAGUGAGAGAAAUGAACUCCCUGCAGAGCGAGUUCACCAAGUCGCUGGCCGCGGCCGACGCCUCCUUACUGCAGACCAACAUCCUGCUGCAGCUGAUGGAGAAGAGCCAGGAGGACUAUAAAAACCUCGCGGCCACAGUGAGCGAAGCGAGGCGGGAGCUCAGGGACAAAGCGGGCGCGCUCUCCGCAUCAGCCGGCAACGCGGCGCUGGUGGCACGGGCGGAGGCACACGCGCAGGCCUUGCAGGAGCUGGCCAAGCAGCUGGAAGAGAUUCAGCGGAACGCCAGCACCGAUGAGCUGGUGCGCUGUGCAGUGGACGCGGCCACCGCCUACGAGAACAUCCUCAACGCCAUCAAGGCGGCCGAGGACGCGGCUGACAAGGCGUCCAGUGCCUCUGAGUCUGCACUCCAGACCGUGAUAAAGGAAGACCUUCCAUCCAAAGCCAGGACCCUGAGCUCCGACAGCGACGCGCUGUUAACCAAAGCCCAGACGACACAGAGCAAGCUGCAGCAAGAAAUCAGUCCGGCUCUGAACAACCUCCAGCAAACUUUGAAAAUGAUGACGGUUCAGAAAGGGACGAUGCACGCCAAUGUCACCACCUUCCGCGAUGACCUUCGUGGGAUGACGAGAGAUGGCAUCGACAGCAUGAUCAGCAGCGCCAGGAGCAUGGUCAGAAGUGCCAACGACGUCACAGACGCGGUCCUGGGGGGGCUGCACCCCAUCCAGGAGGACGUGGGGAGGAUUAAGGACGCCUACGGGAGCACCCGCAGCGAAGACUUCAACCAGGCACUCACCGACGCGGACAGCUCAGUAAGGAAACUAACCAACAAGCUGCCUGAUCUUCUGAGCAAGAUUGAAAGCAUCAACCAGCAGCUGUUGCCCCUGGGCAACAUCUCCGACAACGUGGACCACAUCCGGGAGCUAAUCCAGCAGGCCAGGGAUGCGGCGAACAAGGUCGCCAUCCCCAUGAGGUUCAACGGGAAGUCGGGUGUGGAAGUCCGGCUGCCCAGCGACCUGGACGACCUGAAGGGAUACACGUCUCUCUCCUUGUUUCUCCAAAGACCCGAGUCCGGGGAGAACGGCGGGACAGAGAACAUGUUUGUGAUGUACCUCGGCAACAAAGACGCCUCCGGGGACUAUAUCGGCAUGGCCAUGGUGGACGGCCAGCUCAGGUGUGUCUACAACCUGGGGGGCCGCGAGGCCGAGCUGCAGGUGGACCAGACCUUGACCAGGAGUGAAACUCAGGAGGCGGUUAUGGACCGGGUCAAGUUCCAGAGAAUCUACCAGUUUGCAAGGCUUAAUUACACCAGAAAAGCCACAUCCAAUAAACCAGAAACAGCUCAGUUCUACGACAUAGAUGGUGGAAACAGCAACACACUCCUCGAUCUGGACCCUGAAAACGUUGUGUUUUAUGUGGGAGGCUACCCAUCUGACUUCACACUCCCUGGAAGACUGAGGUUCCCUCCAUACAAAGGCUGUAUUGAGUUGGAUGACCUCAAUGAGAACGUCCUGAGCUUGUACAACUUCAAAGAAACUUUCAACCUUAAUACCACCCAAGUGGAGCCUUGUAAAAGGAGGAAGGAGGAGUCAGACAAGAAUUACUUUGAAGGCACAGGCUAUGCUCGAAUUCCAACUCAGCCACACGCUCCCUUCCCAACCUUCAGCCAGGUUGUUCAGACCACUGUGGACAGAGGGUUGCUGUUCUUCGCAGAAAACCAGAACCGCUUCAUCUCCCUCAACAUCGAGGACGGCAGCCUCCUGGUGCGGUACAAGCUGGACGCAGACCCGCCCAAAGAAAAGGGGAUCCGAGAAGUCAUCAGCAACGGGAAAGACCACUCGAUUCAGAUCAAAAUUAUAAAAUCCCGGAAACUUAUAAGGAUAAGUGUGGGGAAUUCCCAAAGCAUUGAAAUUGGAGGAGAAAUAUUUGACUUCAGCACAUACUACCUGGGAGGCAUCCCACUCUCCAUCAGGGAAAGGUUUAACAUUUCGACGCCUGCUUUCCGAGGCUGCAUGAAGAACCUGAAGAAGACCAGCGGCGUGGUCAGGCUGAACGACAUCGUGGGCGUGACCAAGAAGUGCUCAGAGGACUGGAAGCUCGUGCGCACCGCCUCGUUCUCCAGGGGAGGACAGAUGAGCUUCACCCACUUGGACCUCCCGCUGCCCAGCCAGUUCCAGGCCUCCUUUGGGUUUCAGACCUUCCAGCCCAGUGGCGUCCUACUGCAGCAUCCGGCCGGGACAAGCAGCCUGCAGGUCUCCCUGGAAGAUGGGCACAUUGAAGUCAGCACCAGGGACAGCAGCCGCCCGAUUUUUAAGUCUCCGGGGAAGUACUCGGAUGGCUCCCUGCACCACGUGUCUGUGAUGAGCGACAGCGCUGGGCUCCGGCUGCUCGUCGACGACCAGCUGCUGAAAAGUGACCAGAGGCUGCCAGGCUCCCCCAGUUCCCAGAGGCCCCUGCGUCUGGGCGGGAGUGACUUUGAGGGCUGCAUCAGCAACGUGUUCAUCCAGAGGUCAACACAGAGCCCCCAAGUCCUGGACUUGACCGCUAAGUCUUCCAAGAGAGACGUGUCCCUGGGAGGCUGCAGCCUGAACAAACCACCGUUCCUCAUGUUGCUGAAAGGUUCUACCAGGCUGAGCAGAGCCCAGUCUUUCGACAUCAACCAGCCCCUGCAGGACUCGCCCGGGGCCUCUCCAGGGAGCAUGCCCGUGGGGCAGAGCGCUCAGGCCUGCCCCCCACCGCCUGGCACCCAGGCCCGGCCCGGAGCCCUCAGGUUUGGGGACAGUCCCACCAGCCACUUGCGAUUCACGCUGCCCCCGGAGUUACUGAAACCCAGGUCACAGUUCUCCGUGGAUGUGCAGACAGCCGCCCCCGGCGGGCUGGUGUUCCACACGGGCUCCCAGGCCUCCUUCAUGGCCCUUUACCUCUCCAAGGGGCGGCUCGUCUUCGCUUUGGGCGCAGGAGGGAAGAAACUGAGGCUCAGGAGCAAAGAGAAGUACGACGACGGGCAGUGGCACACGGUGGUGUUCGGACAAGACGGGGAGAAGGGGCGCCUGGUCGUGGAUGGUCUGAGGGCCUGGGAGGGAAGUUCGCCAGGAAAUGUCACCCUCAGCCCGAGGGCGUCCGUUUACCUGGGAUCCUCCCCCUCGGGGAGGCCGAAGAGCCUCCCCCAGAGCAGCUUCGUGGGGUGCCUGAGGAACUUCCAGGUGGAUUCGAAACCACUGGACGCGCCUUCUGCCCGCGUGGGGGUGUCUCCCUGCUUGGCGGGCUCUUUGGAGAAAGGCGUUUAUUUCUCCCAGGAAGGUGGUCAUGUCACACUAGCGAACUCUGUGUCGUUGGGGCCGGAAUUCAAGCUCCUUUUCAGCAUCCGCCCUCGGAGCCUCACGGGGGUCCUGCUGCACGUGGGCCGCCAGCCCGGGAGGCACCUGCGCGUCUACCUGGAGGCCGGCAAGGUCGUGGCCUCUGUGGCCAGCGAGGCAGGUGGGAUGGUGACUUCGGUCACACCCAGGCAGUCUCUGUGUGACGGACAGUGGCACUCGGUGGCAGUGACCAUAAAGCAACACGUCCUGCACCUGGAACUGGACACGGUCAGCAGCUACACAGCCGGGCGGCACCCCUUCCCGCCCGCCCGCACCCAGGAGCCACUGCACCUCGGAGGCGUCCCAGCCGAUUGGAAGGCCCUGGAGCCCCCCGUCUGGAAGCCCUUUUCCGGCUGCAUGAAGAACAUUCAGGUCAACCACGUGCCCGUGCCUGUUGCUGACGCCGUGCAAGUCCAGGGCAUGGUCAGUCUGAAUGGCUGUCCCGACCACUAACUCAAACCAUUACACAGAGAGGCACUGCCCCCUGAAAAGCACUGACCACCUACCCGCCCGCUCCCUGCUCAGGGUCAUUCCUGACGUAAGACGCCUGGCGAAUGGGCCCCACAGCAAAUCCAGUGUUGAACUCGGACCACACGUAACCACCGUUUUGGCCUUCAAGCUACCGAUGUAUUUUAUAUAAAAGCCCCAUUUCUUGGAGAUGAUAAAUUGUUAUAUGCUUUUGGUAAUACCAUUUCCCACAAAAAACGUAAUGUCUUUUAAAGACCAUUAUUUUCCACUCCUUAAAAAAAUAAAUAUCUUUUAAAGCACUUUAAAAA